AUGGAGAAGGGCCCUGUCGACGAGAAGUUCCCUCGGGACAAGGAAUACGACAGCAGUGACAGCCCAGUCCACGAUCAUGACUUCGAAGCUCAAGAGCCAACGAAAGGCAAGCUCAACAGAGAUCUCAAAGGCCGCCAUAUGCAGAUGAUUGCUAUCGAUACUCUGCUGAUAGUUCUGCAGGCGGUUCAAUCGGCGCUGGUCUCUUCGUCGGCUCUGGUUCUGCUUUUCACGCUGGUGGACCCGGGAGUGUUGUAUGUUAUGCAUUUCUAUGCACAGCAACUAAAUACUGAAACUGCCAACCAGCUCAUCGGGUUCAUGAUCAUCGGCUGCAUGUUGCUCUUCACAGUGCAAGCGCUCGGAGAGAUGGCUGUUUUGAUUCCCGUCAACGGGGCCUUUUUCGCCUACGCGUGUCGCUUCAUUGACGAGUCAUGGGGCUUUGCCAUGGGAUGGGACUAUGCGCUUUCGUGGCUUACUAUCUUGCCAUUUGAAAUCACUGCUGCCGGUAUCACAAUCAAAUUCUGGCGAGACGAUAUCAACGUAGGAGUCUGGAUAACGGUCUUCCUAUUCGCUCUCUGCACCAUCCAGAUCUUUGGUGUGCGGGGAUAUGGAGAAGUGGAAUUCGUUCUAUCCUUGAUCAAAAUUGUCGCGGUCAGCGGUUUCAUCAUCUUUGGUAUCAUCGUCGAUUGCGGCGGCGUUCCAAGCGACCCUAGAGGCUACAUAGGCGCCCACUAUUGGCACGACCCAGGCGCGUUUCGGAACGGCUUCAAGGGUUUCUGCUCUGUCUUUGUCACCGCCGCCUUCGCCUUCGGUGGCACAGAGUUGGUCGGUCUAGCUGCGGCUGAAGCAGCCAACCCAAGAAAGACUCUACCUACAGCAACAAAGCAGGUUUUUUGGCGAAUCACCUUCUUUUAUGUGGUGUCUCUCUUCAUUGUUGGGUUGAUCCUUCCAUCCGACUCCAAAGAUCUUCUCGGAUCCUCAGGCGCAAACACCAAGGCAUCUCCCUUCGUCCUAGCCAUUCAAGCGGCGAAAGUCAAAGGCUUACCGUCAGUCUUCAACGCGGUCAUCACUAUCUCCGUUCUCUCUGUCGCAAACUCGUGCACCUAUGGUUCAACACGUACCAUGCAAGCUCUGGCUACGCGAGGUAUGGGCCCGAAAUUCCUCACAAAGAUCGACAAGCAUGGCCGCCCUUAUUGGUGCGUCGUCAUUCAGCUCUGCUUCGGUUUGCUCGCUUUCAUCAAUGAAGCAAAUGUUGGCGACACAUUCUUCACCUGGCUCCUGUCUCUGAGCGGCUUAUCCUACUUCUUCGUCUGGGGAAGCAUCUGUCUUUCGCACAUACGGUUCCGAGCCGGUUGGAAAGCGCAGGGCCACACCUUGGACGAACUUCCGUACCAGGCACAAUUCGGCAUAAUCGGCAGCUACAUCGGCUUUUUCCUCAACUGUAUCGCCCUGAUUGCUACAUUUUACGUCUCACUAUUCCCUGUUGGCGGAUCUCCCGAUGCGCAAGUCUUCUUCGAAUCGUACCUGGCUGCUCCUAUUGUCAUCGCCCUCUAUGUUUUCUGGAAGAUUUGGACAAAAGGGAAGGGAGGACUUUUCGUUAAGACGUCUGAGAUGGAUGUCAGCACGGGCAUACGUCAAUUCGAUUUGGAUGCUCUCGAGGACGCUACACCAAGAAAGAAGAGCAUCGCAAAUUUGCCUCUGAGAACGGUUAGGGAUUGUUCUAAAGAAGCCACCUAA